ACUCAUAGGGAGCACCGUUACGAUGGAAACAUUGAGAAAUGCUUUCAUAGGGGAAGUGGUUUCACAGAGGAAGCCUUAAAACUUUCGGCAGAUGUUAAAGAAGUACCUUUGGUUUUUGAAUUAUAGGCAAACUCAGAACUCAGUGCCACCAAGACACACCUGCAACAGCUCACCUGAAAGAUCUGUUAGUAGUGAAGGUGAUUACUUGUCAGUAUGUGGCCACUGAAGCUGAAGACCUUCUGCAGGACACAUAGCAUUUUAGUAAAUGAGUAAAGAAAGUUAGACAACACGCAUAUACACGACAUUUAGUGAAGAAAAUAACCCAGGAAUGUGUUACCUAAAGAGAUUCAUUUCAGUGUCUUAUAAAUUUACCAUGUAUGAAAUUAUCAUUUUUUAAAUCUUUAACGUUCAGCAUAAGCAUGUGCGCCUUUUGUAUCUGUAACUGUGUGCACAUAAAGCCCUGGUAACCAAGCAACCAUAUUGUGACUUCAAAUGGAAUCCUGUUAGGGUUCUAACCCCUGAGCAUGCUGGUAAACAGGGCCUUUGUGAGAUAGGCUCUUCUACAGGGAGUUUGAUUCAAAGUGUGUUUCUUCACUAGGACAUACUUUACAGUGCGAUUUCUUCAUUCUAAAAGCAAAGGAAUACAUUUCCAAGCAUAUUUUCCACUGCGGUUUCAUUUAGAACAUUGCGUUGUUUCUCUAGUAAAAGGGGAACUCGAAACAAUUCUACUUGAGUUGAUCUUACUGUUUCUAAUUGGUGAUGCUGCCCAGAAGAAGGAAGUCUCCGGAGAGGCCUGCACUUUCCAGGCCCCCUGAAAGCUAUCGGCCCCACGCGAACACUGGGAAGGAAAGAGCUGCCUCCGCUGGACUGCCCAGAGUUACUCCCGACUCCACACGCCCUGUGACCUGUGCUCCAACCCGGACUUUGAGAUCUUCUCAGGAGAUUGGAGACUCUGGAAUCUCUCUAAAGACUCUUUUCAAUGCUAUUAAAACUAUGGAGGGGAGGCUGGAAGGUAAAAUAGACAUUCUUGCUUCAAGACCAUUAAUAAAUGAUGAGUCGCCAAAUUUUCUUAAACUGAAUUCGGAGAAAUCCAUUCUUGAAAAGAAUGAGGAGGAGCUCUCACAAACAAUGAAGUGUCGUGAUGUAGCCCCGAGAGAGAGUCAGAAGUUGAAAGGAGACCUCGAGGCUUUGGAGGACGGGGAGAAUAAGAAGGGGGGAAACUUUCAGCAGCAAUUGGCAGAGGCUAAAGAAGACAACUGCAAAGUUACACUCAUGUUGGAGACCAUGCUGGCUUCUCACAGUAAGAUGCAAGCUGCUCUGGAAAAAGUCCAAACAGAGCUUGGGCUGAGGGACUCGGAGAUUGCAGGCCUCAAGAAAGAAAGGGCUCUAAAUCAACAGAGGGUGCAGAAACUAGAAGCAGAAGUGGACCAGUGGCAGGCGAGGAUGCUUGUUGUGGAUGCCCAGCACAACAGUGAGAUGAAGACUCUACAAAAAGCUCUAGAUGUAGCGACAGAAGACAACAGGAAACUGGCGAUGAGCCUGGGGCAAGCUCUCCAGACAAAUAAUCACCUGCAGACAAAGCUUGACAAUGUUCAACAGAAACUGGAAACCAAAGAACUGGAGCGACGCAGUUUGGAAACGUUCAAAGAACGGAUGACAGAAGAGUCCAAAAUGGAAGCAGAAUUUCAUGCUGAAUGCAUAGAAGCUCUAAAAAAGCAAUUUCAAACAGAGAGAGAAACUGCAAAGAAAGCAGCGCAGUGGGAGACAACUGAGCAAAUAGAAACAGAAUUGAGGCAAAUGGAGCUAAUUAAGGAUCAAUAUCAGAAAAAAAACUAUGAACAGUCACUGAGUAUCCAGAAAUUUGUAUCUGAAAUGGCUAGCCUACAGAAAGAGGUGCAGCUGUUGGCCAGGAGCCAGUAUAAUAUCUCAACAGAGAAUAAACAGCAAGAGCUGCGCCUCGAGGCAGAGCGGAAGAUAAGCCAAGAACUGGAGAAUCGGUGCCAGGAAUUGGAACAAACUGUCAGAUACCUGAAGAAAUAUAGAGAGGCAACAGAGAAUAAACUGAAAGAAGCCAGUACGGAAUCAGAACAGAUCACAGCAAGCCCGGAACAAGCUCACCACUGGUUUAAGUGCAGGUUCGAUGGCCUACAACACGAGCUGACAGAAAACCGGCUGCAGAGGCUGCCCCGGGAGGACCGGUGGCUGGGAGAGAACCCAGAUAAAAGGCAAAACAUCAUGUCCAGCCAGUCUGUUCUACAUCAAUGGGAAAAACAGAAUCUUAGACAUGUGCCCAAAAAGUAUCAUUCUGAACUACAGAGAAAGUGA